AUGGCUUCGGCUGGCCUAGAACUCCUAGGCAUGACCCUGGCUGUGCUGGGCUGGCUGGGGACCCUGGUGUCCUGCGCCCUGCCCCUGUGGAAGGUGACCGCCUUCAUCGGCAACAGCAUCGUGGUGGCCCAGGUGAUGUGGGAGGGGCUGUGGAUGUCCUGCGUGGUGCAGAGCACAGGCCAGCUGCAGUGCAAGGUGUACGACUCGAUGCUGGCGCUGCCCCAGGACCUGCAGGCCGCCCGAGCCCUCUGUGUGGUCGCCCUCCUGCUGUCCCUGCUCGGUCUGCUGGUGGCCAUCACGGGGGCCCAGUGCACCACCUGUGUGGAGGACGAAGUUGCAAAAGCCCGAAUCGUGCUCACCGCGGGCGUCAUCCUCGUCCUGUCGGGCAUCCUGGUUCUCAUCCCCGUCUGCUGGACGGCCCACGCCAUCAUCCAGGACUUCUACAACCCCCUGGUGGCUGAGGCCCUCAAGCGGGAGCUGGGGGCCUCCCUUUACCUGGGCUGGGCGGCAGCUGCCCUGCUCAUGCUGGGCGGGGGCCUCCUCUGCUGCACGUGCCCCCCGCCCCAGAUCGACCGGCCCAGAGGACCCAGGCUGGGCUACUCCAUCCCCUCCCGCUCUGGCACCUCUGGAAUGGACAAGAGGGACUAUGUGUGA